AUGCAAUACAAAAAGACUCUAGCCGCUUCCGCUUUGGCUACUUCCGCCUUGGCCGCUUACGUUCCAGGUAAGCCAUGGUCCACCUUGACCCCAUCCGCCACUUUCAAGGGUGGUAUUACCGACUACGCCUCCACCUUCGGUAUCGCUGUCCAACCUAUCGCUACCCCAGCUUCUGUUGCCAAGAGAGCUGUCUCUCAAAUCGGUGACGGUCAAGUUCAAGCUACCACCAAGACCACAUCUACUCUAGCUCCAAAGGCCCCAAUCUCUCAAAUUGGUGAUGGUCAAAUUCAAGCCACUACCAAGACACAAGCUGCUCCAGUUUCUCAAAUCGGUGACGGUCAAAUCCAAGCUACCACUAAGACUAAGGCUGCUCCAGUUUCUCAAAUCGGUGAUGGUCAAAUCCAAGCUACUACCAAGACACAAGCUGCUCCAGUUUCUCAAAUCGGUGACGGUCAAAUUCAAGCUACUACCAAGACACAAGCUGCUCCAGUUUCUCAAAUCGGUGACGGUCAAAUUCAAGCCACUACCAAGACACAAGCUGCUCCAGUUUCUCAAAUUGGUGACGGCCAAAUCCAAGCUACUACCAAGACUAAGGCCACUGGUGUCUCUCAAAUUGGUGAUGGCCAAAUCCAAGCUACCAAGACUGGCUCUACCACUCCAUCUCAACCACCAAUGAACAACUCCACCAUUCCAGUUCCAAACAACAACGCUACUCUACCAGUUAACGCUAAGGACCCAGUUAGAGCUGAAUCUUGUAAGGUUGACGGUACUCUAGAAAUGAACUUGAAGGGUGGUAUCUUGACCGAUGGUAAGGGUAGAAUCGGUUCCAUUGUUGCUAACAGACAAUUCCAAUUCGAUGGUCCACCACCACAAGCUGGUGCCAUCUUUGCUGCUGGUUGGUCUUUGACUCCAGAAGGUAACUUGGCUAUUGGUGACAACGAUGUCUUCUACCAAUGUCUAUCCGGUAACUUCUACAACUUGUACGACCAACACAUUGGUUCUCAAUGUACUCCAGUGCAUUUGUCCGCCAUUGACUUGAUUAAGUGUUAA